CCCCUUUCCGGCGGAAGUAGUUCGCGUUGAGGCACCGAGUUUCCGUUUCUGGGUCCCGGGUGCAGUGAGUGAGGUCGGUGUAGCGGCGGCCUCCUCCUGUGGGCGGCAGGUGCCAUGGCGGAGUUGGUGCAGGGACAGAACGCGGUUCCCGUGGGGAUAAAGCCGGAGGGAUUCGCCGACGCGCUGCACCGGGUCCGGCAGAUGGCUGCUAAAAUUGAAAUACCACACUUGAAUAAUUCCGGAUCUCUGGUGGACCCAUCCGUGUAUGGUUAUGGAGUCCAAAAAAGACCCCUUGAUGAUGGAGUUGGUAACCAGUUAGGAGCGCUGGUACAUCAAAGAACUGUGAUGACGGAAGAAUUUAAAGUGCCUGACAAGAUGGUGGGAUUCAUAAUUGGACGGGGUGGAGAACAGAUUUCACGGAUCCAGACUGAAUCUGGCUGCAAGAUUCAGAUCGCACCAGACAGCGGUGGUAUGCCGGAGAGAUCAUGCGUCCUAACUGGUGCUCCGGAAAGUAUAGAGCAUGCAAAGCGUCUAUUAGGGCAAAUUGUGGAUCGCUGUCGGAAUGGACCUGGUUUUCAUAAUGAUAUGGACGGAAACAGCACGGUCCAGGAGAUCCUAAUCCCGGCUUCCAAAGUGGGUCUUGUUAUCGGCAAAGGAGGAGAGACCAUCAAACAGCUCCAGGAAAGGACUGGUGUUAAAAUGAUAAUGAUUCAAGAUGGCCCUUUACCAACCGGGGCAGACAAGCCGCUUAGAAUCACAGGAGAUCCUUUCAAAGUACAGCAAGCAAGAGACUUGGUUCUGGAGAUCAUAAGAGAAAAGGACCAGAUCGACUUCAGAGGUGUUCGCAGUGAUUUCAGCUCCAGGAUGGGGGGAGGCAGCAUAGAGGCACUAAACCCAUCUUGUGUUACCGGCCAGGUCUCCGUACCAAGGUUCGCUGUGGGAAUUGUAAUAGGAAGAAAUGGGGAGAUGAUCAAAAAGAUUCAGAAUGAUGCGGGAGUGAGAAUUCAAUUCAAACCAGAUGAUGGAAUCAGCCCUGAGCGAGUGGCGCAGGUAAUGGGCCUCCCUGAGCGAUGUCAGCAUGCUGCCCAUAUAAUUAACGAGCUCAUUAUAACAGCACAGGAGCGUGAUGGUUUUGGAAGCCUUGCUAUGGCCCGUGGAAGAGGGCGUAGUCGUGGCGAUUGGAAUAUUGGUACACCUGGAGGAAUGCAGGAGAUCACGUACACUGUGCCAGCAGAUAAAUGUGGACUGGUGAUUGGCAAAGGUGGUGAAAAUAUCAAAAGCAUAAACCAGCAAUCAGGGGCCCAUGUCGAGCUCCAGCGAAAUCCUCCUCCCAAUACAGACCCAAGUGUACGGAUAUUCACCAUCCGAGGCGUCCCACAACAGAUUGAGCUGGCAAGACAUCUCAUUGAUGAGAAAGUCGGGGGUACAGCAAUAGCUGCCACUAGCAGUUUCGGCCAGAGUCCUUUCAACCAGGCACAUGCAACACCUCAUCAAAAUGGUCCUCAGGCGUUUGUUACCCCGGGUUGGGGAAGCACUUACCAGGCAUGGCAGCAGCCUGGGCAGCAACUUCCAGGUCAGCAAAGCCAGCAGCAGAAUGCUCAGCCAGAUUAUAGCAAGGCUUGGGAGGAGUAUUACAAGAAGCAGAAUCAAGCUGCCACCGCCACCUCUCAGCCAAGCUCACAACCAGACUACACGCUUGCUUGGGCCGAGUAUUAUAGACAGCAGGCUGCUUAUUACGGGCAGUCAUUGGGGCAGACUCAAACCCAUAGCCAGGAGCAGUGAGAACAAUUGUCCAAUUGAUGACAACAUUCAUUUUUAAUUUUUAUCCCACUUGGAAUCAUUGCAGAAGACAGACCUUAAUUUGUAACUGGUUUCUAGAUUUUCAGAAAUUUUGAAGAAGACUUUCUGUUUGUAAAACACUAGUCAUAUAGUUUAAAUCUAUACUGAACUUUGCUAAGAAUCAAGAUUCUAUAAUAUACUAAAGAUAUAAACUUGCUGGGAAUUGUUUUAUUUUGUUUUUUGGGGUUUUGGUU